UUGCUCAAUAGGAAGUACCAAAAACCCAUUCUCUGCUCUAAGAUGGGGAAAAUGGGGUCACCAGCCCUCGUAAUAAGCACCCUCUUAGUCACACUAGUCUCUCUAAGCUUCCCCUCAGAAACCACUGCAAACUACCAAUACUCAUCUCCUCCACCUCCACUCAAGAAAUACCACCCACCGCUUUAUCCUCCCUACCACUACAAGUCCCCACCGCCGCCUCCGCCCAAGGAGCACUACCACUACAAGUCCCCACCACCGCCUCCUCCGGUGCACUCACCACCACCACCUAAGGAGCACUACCACUACAAGUCCCCACCACCGCCUCCUCCGGUGCACUCACCACCACCACCUAAGGAGCACUACCACUACAAGUCCCCACCACCGCCUCCUCCGGUGCACUCACCACCACCACCUAAGGAGCACUACCACUACAAGUCCCCACCACCGCCUCCUCCGGUACACUCACCGCCACCACCCAAGGAGCACUACCACUACAAGUCCCCACCACCGCCUCCGCCCAAGGAGCACUACCACUACAAGUCCCCACCACCGCCUCCUCCGGUGCACUCACCACCACCACCCAAGGAGCACUACCACUACAAGUCCCCACCACCGCCUCCUCCCAAGGAGCACUACCACUACAAGUCCCCACCACCGCCUCCUCCGGUGCACUCACCACCACCACCCAAGGAGCACUACCACUACAAGUCCCCACCACCGCCUCCUCCGGUCCACUCACCGCCACCACCCAAGGAGCACUACCACUACAAGUCCCCACCACCGCCUCCUCCGGGGCACUCACCGCCACCACCCAAGGAGUACUACCACUACAAGUCCCCACCCCCGCCUCCGCCCAAGGAGCACUACCACUACAAAUCCCCUCCACCGCCUCCUCCGGGGCACUCACCGCCACCACCCAAGGAGUACUACCACUACAAGUCCCCACCCCCGCCUCCGCCCAAGGAGCACUACCACUACAAAUCCCCUCCACCGCCUCCUCCGGGGCACUCACCGCCACCACCCAAGGAGUACUACCACUACAAGUCCCCACCACCGCCUCCGCCCAAGGAGCACUACCACUACAAAUCACCUCCACCGCCUCCUCCGGUUUACAAGUACAAGUCUCCUCCUCCUCCAGUACACCACUACGCCUAUUCAUCACCACCUCCUCCCCACCACUACUAGACAAUGGAUUUGAUGUAACGUCCACUAGUUGGGGAAUUGAAGGAGCAGAAUAUCCCACAAGAAUAAGGAAGAGAAUUGAAGAUCCUCAAUUAUAUGAUACAAAAAAGGAAAGCGAGUCUCCGCGUUUGAUAUAAUGUUUUGUGAAAUAGGGCCCAUCUUUUUCAAUUAUAUAGUAUAUUUAUAAUAUGUAUUUGACAGUUGUAGUGCACUUUGUUUAUGUAUUCAAUCGUUUAUGUAUUGUGUAACGCGGACGUUGAUCAUCAUCAUAUAAUAAAAUAAACAGACUUUGCAAGCGGUCCAGAA